UUAAAUCUCACAGCAGGCAGGCGCUUUUUCUUUUCUCAUAACAGGGCGGAGGAGGAGCAAUUCUUAAGAGUAAAUGGGGAGCCUUGGAUUUUACUUCAACUCCGUCGCAGCUUGUGCACCGAGCGUCGGGAGUCAAUCAAUCAUGACCCCAGUCACAGCACAGGAGUCGCCUCCUCCCGAACAGGUCGAGCAUUUGACGGUACCACGAGGCUCGAAGACAUCAGCCAAGCGUCAACCUUCGCCUGACGAAGCCCGUGAAAGCCUUCAGCCUCAGGCGCGGUGGCGUUGGUGCGAACUGCACUUCACUUCACUUCGCUGCGCUGCGCUGCGUACGGUAUGGGGAUGGGGUCUCGGAUCUUGGAUCUCAGAUUUGUGGAGAUCUCGUAGAUGUGGAGGUUUACAGGAAGGAGUAAAAUGGGAGGAAAAACAAAAUUGGGCGUGAAGGGCGGCAAAGAACUUACGAGGGCAUAUGAUGGAGGGUUUCUUGAAAUUGCGAGCACUGUGCAGCACAACUGCUGCUGCUGCUGCUGAGCAAGGCAAUGGAGGAGGAGCUCAUGGAGGCGUCUCCUAAACGUUCAAAGGGGUGGGUGGCCACUGCUUUCUCUCCUUCAAUACUCCACGUCGAUCAGGUUUGGGCAGGUGGUGGGCCUGCAUCGCCACCGAAUUAGAGCUCAUCCAUCGGCCUCACGAAAAAUGUAUUGUUUGUUAUUCUGCUGGUGCGGAAAGUUGGACAAACAUCUGGCAAGUUGGAGAAGUCAAUGCCCAAUGUAUGAUCGAGCCCAUCAUCCAUCCUCCUCGACGAAUAUCGAUCGAAGGUCCUGACUGAAGAGUUAUGAGAGUCCGUAAGAUAUGUCGGCACUUUGUGCAUGAGCGGCUUUUCCAGAAGCUGCAUCUACGGUGCUACGACCCACGGCUACAGAUGGUGAUUAACGCCUGAAGGCGAAAUAGUCGAAGGAAGACCUGACUUUGGGCACAAGCCAUUAGAGCUACUUCAAACGAGACACAAUCUCUUGAGAAUCAUUUUACGGGGUCAAAUCCACUGUAUCAGAGUAUCUCAGAUUUCGCAACUCCUGUGAGCUCGACUGAUGCCGACUACAGUCAAUUGGAACACAUCAACAUUUAUUGUUUUCCCUUUCUCCUGGCAUGAGGAGCUGCUUCAACAAAACCAGAGUGAAAAUUACGAGGAGGUGCUUCAGAAGCGGCGGAUGUGUUUUUAUUCUUCUAGAUGCAGCAGGUAGAAUCCUGAUCAGGUGCACUGGUUCGUGACCUCGGCGCUUCCACUGAGCUCGCGUUGCCUGUGUGCUCGAGUAUGACGGUGAUGUGAAUUCGGUCCGCACCGCCACGCGCCUUAGGACAUGGCUCGAAAGAAAAUUCCCCCAAAAGAAAUAUCACGCAAUCUCUUCGAACCUGUCCUGUGACACUUGUCGGCACAUCGAGGGUCACGAACUUCUGUUCGAGCCCAGACAAUCAUCAAAGCCAUAAUUCACCCACUUAUAGAGGAAUAAAACUAUCGUAUAUCGAUAGAUUGUAAGGUGAGAAGUGAAGGAAGGACAGUCUGUAUGUACGGUAAGGAUAGCACUCAUCUGCACAAGAUUUCGUUCAGACAACCUUGUACGUUCGACCUAACUAAAGUGUCCAGCGAGCCAGGAUUUCAAGAAUUUCAGGACCCACACGAGUCCCAUAGACUGAACGGAAUGGCAGACAGAGAAAACUGGGCCUUCAAGAAAAUUUGAACUCGUUUCAACGAAAUUUUGCCAAAAUAUUCAGGCCCUCUUAAAUGCGUGCUCACGCGGCCGAUCAAAUCUUCUUCGGGUCUGAGUGGAAAUCUCAGCCUACUGAGAUGACAACCUACGGGUAAGAAGCAGUUUCCACGCGGCGUGUGUCAGGGGCCCUUAUGGUAAGAGCAGCACAUUCAAAUGCUGGACAGAGAUAGGAAAAUAGUCGACAGUAAUAUUACGCACAAUUGAAUCACAGACAGCAUCCGUUACGACAGAAUGUAGACGAGAAGGUAAUAAAGAAGAGUGAGUAAAUAUU